AUGGAUAGUUCAGAAACUUCCGGUGCAAAGAGAAGGCGCACGAAGGUCAGCAAAGCAUGCAACAAUUGCCGAAGACGGAAGAUCAAGUGCACCGGUGGUCAGCCGUGCUUGAACUGUCAGACUUACCAAUGUACAUGCACGUACGCUUUACCUUCGCCCCCUACGGGAAUUAAGAGUGACGCGGCGUCAGAUACGAGUUUAGAGAGUGCAGCGGUGUUGCCUGCGCCUUUGAAAACGUCCGAAGAACUUCCCGCGACCGAAAAUGGGAUGUACGAAGAUGAUAGUGAAUUUCAACAAGAACUGGCACAGCAGAAGGCCUGUUUACAAGCGUUGCAAGCCGCUUACGGGGCAAGUCCGUCUCAAAAGUUGUACGAUAUCUUGCAAGAAACGCGAACUAAGAUUUUGAAUAUGGAAAAAGAAUGGAUGCCCGCUGUGCGGAACGAUAAACUUCAGCAGGAUGUUCCAGCGACGUCGAUCUCAACUGAGACGCAACUCAUGUUUUCCAAGUACUCAGAACAGGUAUAUUUGACGAAGUAUUCGAUUCUAGAGCCGCCUGACAAACGAUCUUCUCGAACCAGCGUUCUCAACCAGCAACCGGCAGUCGAUGACGUUUUUGGUCUUUACAGCCCACAUUUAUCGCUGUCCAUCCGUGGAAUGGGUAUUUUGUUUAAAAGUUUUUUCGACCAAAGCUCGAAACUAGCGCCAGAAGUGAAAAAGACGCUCUACCUCAUGCUUAGGUUCUACGAUUUUUGUUUUGACCAUUUGGAUUCCGCGGUUCUCCAGUGGAGUAUGCCUGUUGAGACUUUCCUCGAUAUGCGAUCAAUACCUUUAACCAACAAGAACGAAGCCAUCAGAGACAUUUUGUCAGAGAUCCCCUUGGAACUUACCGCGAUGACGAAAGCUCUAUACCCAAAGUAUGGUAAACCUCGGGAUUUGGAAAACAAGGUCUCCAUGUUCCACUGGGUGAUACGCGUGAUCGAAGUCUGUCAUAAGCAAUUUCAACGAAGAAUGAUAUCAACCACGGCAGUUGACACAAUAGCAGGGGAGGUAAGUCGAUUUUUACAUGUGGAGGACAUGCUAUCGGUAGUCGCAUUUGAGUAUCUUAACUUGACUUCCUACACAAUGUGUGGAGACUUGGACUAUUUGGAAUCGCUGCUUAUUCUUAUCAAGCAACAGUACUGGAUUAGUGACUGGCACGUUUUCACGCAUCUUUUAACGAUGGCUUUAAGCUACGCACAAAAUCUCGGUAUCAAUAGAUGGGAAUUUUACGUGGGCAUGAACGAGGAAAUAGCAGAAAGGAGGCGAUAUCUUUGGUGGGAAUGUUACGCAUGGGACAAAUUUUAUGCCGUUCAGACGGGGAAGCAACCUUUCCUUGAUGAAAAUUUAUGCAAUUGCUUGCCCAUAAAGGCCAUUCGACAACAGGGAUAUCUGGACCACCAAGAAUUUUUGCAUAAUAUGACCUCACUUCAUGAGCCAAUAACCGAAGAUCGCAAAGAAUUGAUGCAGUAUACGUUUAUCACCGUUUCGUUAUUGAUAGGGUCAUUUUACAAAGAUAUUCUCUACAAUCGUAGAUUUACGGAUUUCAGAAAUUACGCAAAACCGAGCUCAUUCCAAGAAGCGAUUUUGUUUGAAAUCAUCGAGGGUGUUGAUCAUUUCAUAUUCAAAAUGGAUGCCUUGAAAAGCCAAGCUAAAGGAAUCUAUGACCUUUCAGAGAGGCUGAAGAAUAUGUCUUCAGUUCCGCUGGAAGAGAAGGAGUGUGUUCUUGAAGCUAGUCUGAUUAUAAUUUGCAUCGAAUACUACUUUUGUCUAUGCAUGUCAUCAGUCGAUCACCUUUUCGCUCGAUUCAAAGUGAGAGAGUUUCCCAAAACAAUAAAUAGCGCGAUGGGGUAUUACAAGAAAAGGGCUUACGAAUCUUGGAAGAAAAUAAUGCAACUGAUGGAGCAAAGACUUGUCCUAAUGCUCUGGCAAAGUAUUGGUCCAAUAGGAAUAGUUUUACUCACGUUUAUUGCCGACGUAUCCACACAUUUCCAAAAAGUUUCCCUAGCUGAUUUUUUGCUCGCACUUCGUGUGUCCAGAAACUUGACCGAACUCACUAUGUUAGACAACGGAGUUUCCUCACCGAGCACAAGAACAUAUCGCAAUUUCACCAAGUGUAGAACGUUUUGCCAAAUUUUGGUAAGAAUCCUUACUCAGCUUUAUAUGAGAACCGAGGGCAUUGAACAAGAAGAACUAAUUCGCAGAGUGAACGAGAUAGAUGGCUCUUUGGUGGAGACAGUCAAACGGGCUCUCGAUGUCACUUCUGGCCUAUUUAAGGAAUGUUUUGUUACAGGGGAAGCUUCAAGUUUCCAUUUGGCGCUUCGACGAUCAUUUGAGGAACAAAAAAUGCUAGAUCGCAAAGCGGAGGGACUUCUCCCCGUUGAUGUCUAUAAGACAAAUAAGUCGGCCCAUGACCAGAACAACUUGAAUGAUUUCAAGCCGCCCACUUUGGAUGGAAUUCAUCCACUGGAGUCCUCACCCAAAGCUGAAGCCUUCUUUCUAGGCUCAUUGGAUGAAUUUAUGAGCAGGCAAGAAGAUGAUGUAUAUAACAAACUGUGGAGUGAUAUUAAAACCUCAUUUCCUGACUUAUUGCAGGAAUAA